AUGCGGAUGUCAUCAAGCUUCUUCCCCCUCAGCUCAGCUCUCUCUCACCAAUACCACUUUGUGAAGGAAUCAAAAACCUGGAAUAAAGCCCAGAGUUACUGUAGGAUCAAUUACACAGACCUGGCCACCCUUUACGACACGGACGAUGUGAACACACUCAUUCAGCUUGGCAGCCAGACUGGCUCUGCUUGGAUUGGACUUUAUGAUGAUGUGCUGAACAGCUGGAGAUGGUCCAUUACGAACAGCAGUUUCUAUGGAGUCAAUGAUACCUAUGUUUUGAUUACGACAAUAUUGUCAUGGAAUGACGCCCAGGCUUACUGUCGAGCCAACUACAUCGAUCUUCCAAGCAUAAGGAAUAGUACGGAAAAUCAAAAGGUCCUUAAUGCUGCAAACGGCAAUAAUGUAUGCAUUGGCCUGUACAGAACCAGAACGUGGUCAGACGGGAGUGAGUCCUCUUUUAGACACUGGAAAUCAGGCCAACCUGAUAACACCAAUGAUGCUCAACCCUGCACCGCAGUGUCAUUCAGUGACUCGGGCCAGUGGACAGAUGAGGACUGUACUACUAACCUAUUCCCUUUCUUCUGUUAUUCAGGUAAACUAGUGCAGAGCUCUCUUGCCUCAGAAUUAAUCCUCACCAUCUCCAACACCUUCUUCUUCCCAUGCCCAUAG